CCAGGCGGAGCCUAGGUUCCUGCGCUUCCUGCGCUUCCUGGAUCUCGAGCCUAGGUAGCCUGACACCCUAGCACCGCUUCCCCUGGGAUCCCCUGGCUCCCAUUGUCUUGGGGUAAGGCUGGUAUGUCCGCUGCCGCGCUGUGGGUGACCGAAAUCGACAGAAAACGAAGCAGUGCUUCGUGUAGCGUAGGAGCGGCCGAGUGAGCAGUCCAACCGCCCCCUGCCGAGUCUGAGAAGCCGCAGACGCAGCGCCAGCGCCUGCGCCGGGAGCGGCCUAGUUAGUUCCUGGAAGCCUCUUCCAGGAAGUCUGCAGAGCCGGGGUAGAGGCUUCCGAACCUCCAACCUGGCCAUUACCGUGGCCUUCGGAGCUUCUCUGCUGCGUGGAGGGAAGACGCGGGCGGCCUCGCGAGAGUUCCUGCUGGGAGCCUGUCUCACCUCGGCGGUCAUCAUGUCCUACGCCGCGCGAGCUGUGGGGCACCUCCACCGCAAGGCUCGCACGUCGCCUUACCCGCGCUCCACAGUCGAAAGGUGUCCCGUCCCCGACGACAAAGUGCCCUGGCUGGUUGAGUGGAGGGACUAUAAGCCCGUGGAGUACACGGCGGCCGCCAUACUGGCCGGACCUUCGUGGGCUGACCCCCAGAUAGGUGAAAGGGGCUUUUCUCCCAAGUUCAAUGAAAUGGAUGGACUUGUUGACCGGAAGAGCCGCAGCGGCCUCUACGAGAUUGAAAAUGGACGGCCUAGAAAUCCUGCGGGGCGCACGGGACUCGUUGGCCGGGGACUUUUGGGACGUUGGGGCCCAAACCACGCAGCAGACCCCAUCAUUACUAGAUGGAAAAGGGACAACCAUGGAAAUAAGGUCCCUCACCCUGUUUCUGGGAAAAACAUCCUGCAGUUCGUAGCCAUCAAACGGAAGGACUGUGGAGAGUGGGCGAUCCCGGGAGGCAUGGUGGAUCCCGGAGAGAAAAUCAGUGCUACCUUGAGACGAGAGUUUGGUGAAGAAGCAAUGAAUUCCUUAGAGAAGUCCAAGGAGGAAAAGAAAAAACUGGAGGAACAGUUGCACAAGCUCUUCAGCCAGGAGCAUUUAAUGGUUUAUAAGGGAUACGUGGAUGACCCUCGAAACACCGAUAGCGCAUGGAUGGAGACAGAAGCUGUGAACUACCAUGAUGAAACAGGUGAGACAAUGGAUAAUCUGACUCUGGAAGCAGGAGAUGAUGCUGGGAAGGUAAAAUGGGUUGAAAUCAAUGAUAAACUCAAACUUUAUGCCAGUCACUCCCAAUUCAUUGAACUUGUGGCUGAGAAGCGAGGAGCUCACUGGAGUGAGGCCUGAGACCCUGGCUACCAUGGAUGUUAGCCUAGGAAACUCCAAGGAUACUUAAGGUCUUCAAAAAUGGCUAUCGGUCCAGGGGAAAAACUCAGAAAACUAAUUUUAAAAGGUCAAAAACUUGGCUCCAAAGAAGAGCUACUAGAAGAUAUUUCAUCUGAUUCUUUGCAGAGGUGGGGAACUUGGUGUGGAUCACUGAACAUAAUGUCAGAAUAUUUUUGUUUUCUGUUUGUUUUUUCUGUACUGUUCUUCCUCUUUAAACAAAAAGCAAAAGCUUUGUUAUUGGGAAUGUCUGGGAAGGGAAAUGGAUCAUAAGGUCUUGGGAAAAUAAAUUAAAAAGUCACAUCCUAAACUAUCUGUAUUUGCCCUUGAGUCAGAGAUUGGCAGUUUUUAAAAUAGAGUGAAGUAG